AUGACGGUAUUACGGAAGAGGAUUAAACUUGAUCCACGGAGGGGGAUGUUUCUCUUGGUUGGUAUUGAAAACACGGUGAUGCCCGCAAGCAGUGCUAGUCUGAGUCGAAUCUAUAACGAGCACCGCGAUGAGGAUGGUUUCCUGUACAUGACGAUUGCGCUGGAGAAUGCAUUUGGCCAGUCCAGUUUAUUUUAA